CAGGGGGGAAUCAAGUCGGCCAGGCGCCAGCAACCAGGACUGGGUGGGUGCGGUGCUUCUGCUGCUCCGCAGGGUGGGGCGUCCCCCUCCCCACACAGCCCGGCCAGUCAGUGGGAGGAGCUGCCUGUGCACCCCCCAGCCCCACCCCGAGUCUGCGGUCCUAUAAAGCCGCCAGGCAGCGGUCUGCGGCUUCUUCCCAGUCCUCGGCCUAGCUCUGCAAGAAGUGACUGUCCAUCCUCAGCCGCCAUGAGCCACUCGUCGGGCCUCCGGACUAGCAUCAGCUCCACCUCGUACCGCCGCACCUUCGGACCACCGCCCUCGCUGUCCCCGGGAGCCUUCUCCUACUCGUCCAGCUCCCGCUUCUCUAGUAGCCGCCCGCUAGGCUCCGCGUCCCCGGGCUCCUCUGUGCGUUUGGGCAGCUUCCGCGGGCCGCGGGCAGGCGCGAGCGCCCUCCUGCGACUGCCCUCGGAGCGCCUCGACUUCUCCAUGGCGGAGGCCCUGAACCAGGAGUUCCUGGCCACGCGCAGCAACGAGAAGCAGGAGCUGCAGGAGCUCAACGACCGGUUCGCCAACUUCAUUGAGAAGGUGCGCUUCCUAGAGCAACAGAAUGCGGCCCUGCGCGGGGAGCUGAGCCAGGCUCGGGGCCAGGAGCCGGCGCGCGCAGAUCAGCUGUGCCAACAGGAGCUGCGCGAACUGCGGCGGGAGCUGGAACUGCUGGGCCGGGAGCGCGACCGGGUGCAGGUGGAGCGCGACGGGCUGACGGAGGACCUGGCGGCGUUAAAGCAGAGGUUGGAGGAGGAGACGCGCAAGCGGGAGGACGCUGAGCACAAUCUGGUUCUGUUCCGUAAGGACGUAGACGAUGCCACCCUGUCCCGCCUGGAGCUGGAGCGCAAGAUUGAAUCUCUGAUGGAUGAGAUUGAGUUCCUCAAGAAGCUGCAUGAGGAGGAGCUGCGAGACGUUCAGGUAAGCUUGGAGAGCCAGCAAGUGCAGCAGGUGGAGGUGGAAGCAACCGUGAAGCCGGAGCUGACAGCGGCACUGAGGGACAUCCGUGCGCAGUAUGAGAACAUUGCGGUGAAGAACCUGCAGGAGGCGGAGGAGUGGUACAAGUCCAAGUACGCGGACCUGUCCGACGCCGCCAACCGGAACCACGAGGCCUUGCGACAGGCCAAGCAAGAGAUGAACGAGUCCCGACGCCAGAUUCAGAGCCUGACGUGUGAGGUGGACGGGCUACGUGGCACCAACGAGGCGCUGCUCAGACAGCUGCGGGAGCUCGAGGAGCAGUUCGCCCUAGAGGCCGGCGGCUACCAGGCGGGCGCUGCGCGGCUUGAAGAAGAGCUGCGGCAACUAAAGGAGGAGAUGGCGCGGCACCUGCGCGAGUACCAAGAGCUCCUCAACGUCAAGAUGGCCCUGGAUAUCGAGAUCGCCACCUACCGGAAGCUGCUGGAGGGCGAGGAGAGCCGGAUCUCUGUACCGGUCCAUUCCUUUGCUUCCUUAAAUAUAAAGACCACUGUGCCUGAGGUGGAGCCCCUCCAGGACAGCCAUGGCCGCAAGAUGGUUCUGAUUAAGACCAUUGAGACCCGUAAUGGGGAGCAGGUGGUGACAGAGUCCCAUAAAGAGCAGCCCAGCGAGCUGGACAAGGCUUCUACUCACAGCUACUGA